UGGAUGUUCCGAUUUCGACGGCGACGGAGCACAGUGGUGGCGGGACGUUCCUCCCGUGACGGCGGUUGGGCAGUGGCGAAGCUCCCACGAAGCCCCCUGUUCUCUCUCCUAUACGCGUUUCCUCUCCCUCAGCUCAAACUGGCGGCGGAUUCGACCCCAUCGACGGCGGCGAGGGCUCGGGCCGAGGACAACGACGGCGAGGCUCGAGGCGACGGCGAGGCUCGAGGCGACGGCGGUGACUUCGCACAGCACAGUGGCGUGGCGGUGGUGCGACGUCAACAACAGAACAUAUAUCCUCUCCCUUCUCGCGUUCUUUUCAAUGGCGCUCUCUCUCCCUCUUCCCUUCGAUGGCGACGACGAGAAGUAUGGUAGCUGGGGGAGGCGGCGGCGGCGCCAGUCCCGGUCUCCCUCUCCCUUCAGAUCUCUCUCUUCCCCGUUCCUCUUCCUCUACGGAUCUGUUUCCCUCUUCCCUUUCUU